CUUUCGUCUUCAGCUUUGCAGAUUAGCCGUGUUGAGUUCUAUUGGUUUGUUGUUUGUUGUGAGUAGUUUUCUGAAGUUUUGCUGUACAGAAUCAUGAUGAGCAAACGAAAAUGGACUGAAAUGAACAAUGAAGAUAUCAAAUCCUCCUCUGGUGAUGUCUCCCCUUCCCCCACACCUUCCACUACCCCUCUCAGUGGCACCCAUGCACCCAAGUAUGGCACAGUUGUUCCAAAUCGAAUAUUUGUUGGUGGUAUUGCGGCAAAUACCACAGAAGCAGAACUUAAAGCCUUUUUUUCCACGUAUGGAGCUGUGAAAGACACGAAAAUAAUUGCAGACCGGGCUGGGGUGUCAAAAGGAUACGGCUUUGUCACAUUUGAAACACAGGAUGAUGCAGAGAAAAUAAUUAAGAAGGAGGCAGACAAUCUUGUCUUUAAAGACAGAAAGCUAAAUAUUGGACCUGCUGUCAGAAAACAGGCAUUCCCUCGAACCUACGGAUUGACAGAGGAAUACAUGUUAGAAUCGACAGCCUUCUCCAAUCCUAACUUGAGUCAGGGUACUAUACUGUUUACAAAUGGAGUGCCGUAUACAUAUCAGAAUGGAAUGGCAGUGUUUCCAGCAUCUGAAGGUUCCUAUCCUGUCCCUCAGCCUCAGCAGCAAACUCCAUAUUCCACCAUGGUGAUGCCCCAGCCUCAAGCUGUGUAUGUAGCUGCAGCACAGCAAUACCAGGCCUACCAACAUGCUGCCACAACCCCUCAGUGGCCGUCUCCUAGUGGUCAGUGGAGAUGGGCUCCUCAGGUUGGAGAUUACAAAGUACUGCCCUAUGUAAGUACUCAACAGAGCCCCUCCCCCACGGUGACUGGUAGUCCCAGCUAUGUGUAUCCAGCCCUGCACACAACCACAGAGCUGAUGUAUGCCCAGCCUCCCCCACAGGCCUACCAGCCAGAGCUGACGGAGGCAGGCAUGCUAGAGGGGGCUCCUGUCGAGGGUAGUCUGUAUACUGUGGACCAUGCCUUGGGAAACCGGUAUUAUCCAACAGGAGAUGUCCAUCAAACCACUUUAGAUCAGUCUGGGCAGAGGGCAAUGACGGCACUUUACCCACUGCAUGCCCAGCCAGGCAAGCCAACAAUUCAGUACAAAAAGCCUGCCAUGACGGUGAUCCCUUCUCACUCUCUAAGUGCGGACUCCUUCAUGAUGACCCCCCCAAACAAGGUUCAGAUCAUCUCCAAACCAAGCCACCUUAUACAGCGCUCGCCUAGCACCAUGUCUAAACCUUCAGAUUGUGGGGAUGGGUCGGGCCCCCUCACUCCUCCUCCUACCCCCAUUGGCAAGUAAUGCCAUUGCUUGAGUUACCUCUGAGAUGUAAACCCCGUGCUUGACACUUGUAAGUGUAUGUACUAUAUUUUUCUUAUAAGUUGCAUAACCAAAUAAUUACUAUGCAUUUGCUGAUUUAUGACCUAAAUAAUCUCUAUUGAUGAUUGUAACUUUUGCUGAUUAAGAUGGUUUGUGGAAUUAAACAUAAUUAAGAGCAAUCAAGUAUUUGAUGAUUCAACUUAAAUGCCUGGCUGGCACACAGCUAUGUUAGCAUUGCUCCUGCCACUGUAACAGGGUUAGAAUUUCAUGCAUACAUGUGGGAAUCCAGGUGGAUUGCCAGUUGUUACGGGAAUCCAGAGAAUCAAGUCAUAGUUCAUCUAUUGUAAAAUUAAGUAACAAAGCAGGUAAGCAAGGAGAACUUGAGUAGGUAAGUAAAUAAAAGUAUUAUUGUCACGUUCAUACAUAUUAAAAUGUAUGUCAAUAAUAAAUAAAACAAGAUUUUUGCCAUUUUUAAAAGUGACAAACUAAGACAAUCGGCGAUUGUCAAUACCGGUAUCUGAUAAUGUCAGUCACUCGUAUCUGCCCCAGCACAACAGACGUCUGGCACGAAAGUAAUUUUUUAUCUGAACAAAAAGACAAAAAAAAAAUGAAUAAGCUGCAGUGAUCUGUAUUAUGAUGAUAUAGAUAGCUUCCCAAAACCAAUGAGUUAUCGAGGUACGCGAACAUAAAGCGUGUGCAGGAGUGAAUGAUCUGUGGCAGAGAUCAUUCGCGUGCUGUGUUGGGAGUUUCCAAAUACAAGCCUUAAUGUGUCGAAGUUUCUCAUUGGUUAAUUAUCUUCCUCACAACAUGAAAAGCGAGCAACUGAUAGCUCGAUACUGUCCAAUCGUAUCCCACGAUAUAAAUUUGUUCGGCUGGACUGCGCCAAACAGUUUACAUCUGAGUAUGAGUGCACUUGUAAAGAUCACAAUUUACCAACCAUGUACACAUUAAGGCAGACUUCAGGCUUGAAAUACCAUUUAUUUUGUCAGUUUUUACUCGAAUCCACCCAGAUUCCCACAUGCUGUUUUGCGGGAAUCUUUACACAAAUGGACGUGGAUUUGUGUCGAAAUUCUAACCCUGCGUGAAAUGGUUGCCAUUUUGUCUUGAAUGUCGUAGGUUUUAUCCUAAAUGGGUCAGAUAGUUGUGGACCAGUGUUCCCAUGAUAAUGACCGUACAAAAAGAAUUGCACGUUGUUACCAGAUGGCCUCUAUAUGGAUAACUAACCCAUCAACUCUCCCCUCUGUUUUCACUUCAUCUGUAAAACAAGUCAUUUACCUGUUGUUUGCAAUGUAAAUGAAUGCUGUUCUUGUUAGGUUGCUGUUUUCGUUAAGUUGCAUGUUCUCUUGUAAGAAGUUUGGUUGCAUAGAAUUCUGAAGUGCGGCUGUCUAUGAAGUAAAUUAACUUGUCCUCCUCCCAUCUGGUAUGAAUCUUGUUAAACAUUUUUCAUACCCCCCUCCCCUGUAAAACUGUCAUGCACUUUGCUACUUUUUUCAAUACCAGUACAGUUGGAAGCAUCUCACUACUGUAAUAAGUCAUCAAAAUGUUUGUUUCAUAAUUUAUACCAGUCAAUGUCCAUGUCUGCAAUGCACAUGCGACCCUCCUCCCCCACCCUAGUGAGCGUUUUUACUUCGUAGAGGGCCUCAAUGCAAGGAUUGCUUGAUCAUUAGGAUAUCAAAAUGUGUAAUGUGUAUUAAAAACCAUGCACGUCAUGAUCUUGGAAUGAGAAAUUUCUCUAAGUUCUGAAAUUAAAUCUUUUUAGAUAGGGUCUUGUUUUGGAAGGACAAAGCAAUAGGUAAUUGUUUUGGUUCUUUUAAAAUAAUUAAGUGAAAGUGUUGUGAAUUUCUAAAUAUUUGUGCGGCUAUUGUUUGUGGGACUAAGGUAUUGCAUGUGAACAGUAUAAUAUGUAGAGGUAUAAACAGCAACCAGAAGAGAACGGCAGUCCUCAUUAGUUGAUUAUUUCUGCAGCUGUUUAAGCAUAUGGUUUUAAUGUAACAUAUUUAGCCUUCUCAGACAAAUGUUCAUUGAUUGACUUUUCCUUCAAAGCAUAUUCAUUACUUCGUAUAUUUAUAGGAUGUAGUGCUAAAAGGGUUAAUGUGGUGCUUUUUAUAGACGAUAGGAGAAAUGCGUUUUCACCAUAGUAUCAUUUUAGAUAUGGCUGGAUCUGCAUUAACAUAAUGUAUAUACAUUUAGGAACCUACGAGAGAGAGGGAGGAACUGUUUUAGGUAGUUAUUGCAUCCAUACAUCACUCUAAGUUGGACAUCUUACGAGUUAAACGGGGUAAUUUAGCCAGGAACCGUGCCUUUGGUACCGCUUAUACAUUUUUGAUGUAGAGAUAUAAUCACUGUUGUUAAAUAAGUCAUGUUAUAUUGUCAUUUUAUAAUGUUUCUUAAGAAUAUAAUCUUGUUACGUGUUUUUGAUCUUGGAAGUGUAGUCGUCAUAUGCCCAUCUACAUAACAUUGAGAUGGUUAUAUUAUUUUAAGAGAAACAAAACUAUUUUCAAACACUAAAGAUUCUUGGAAACAAAAACAUGUCUUUGAUUUUUUCUUUGGAGGUUUCUGACUUACUGUUUAUAUUUUAAGUAGUAAAUGUUGGAUAUACUGUUGGUUAUGGAAGAACUUUUUGCAUCUACAUGUAAAGUCCAGCUUGUGUGUUUUGUCAGAUGAUUUUAACAGGACAAAAAUCUCUUGUUCCGCCAUAAAUUUCUUAUCCCUUGUUGGAAGACCUCUACAAAUUUGUUUUGAGAAAUUCAUCUGCCAGUUUCCAUUACAAAGAUCCUUGUACAUCUUAUGGCCUGUGGAGAGUAAUGUCUGGGAUGGGAAAAGGAGGAUGUUUGUGCAGUAGAUGGGAGUAACAAGUGUGGUGUACAAGUGACAUCUUCUACGAGUCUAUAGUGUUGUGUUGGCCUUGAAUAUUUUACUAGACGAGCAGGGUUCUAGACUUUUUGGUAAGGAUCUACUGACUUAUUUUUAAGUUUCCUCGCUCCAUUUACUGUACAAUUUACAAGAUACUGAUUUCCGGUAGUGUCUUUGUACAAAACUUUUGUUUUAUGAUGUUCUGUGUAUAUGUACAUUGUGUUAACAGUGUAACUGUUUAUAUGCUAAAUGUCACGAAUGAUCAUAAAUUUAAAACAAAAAUAAAACAAAAAAAAUGACAAAAGGAUAGUGCUGGACAAGGUAAACGUAGAAUCAUGAUGUGAUGUACAAAAUGAUUCUAUCUAGUGAAAGUGGUCUUGUAUAAAUAAACGUCAACA